UAGUGUGUAGAAACUCCCAAAAAAGGGUCUCCCUCUCCAGCCUCUCAGAUCAAACACAAAACCAAAAACCCUAGCUCUCUCUUUCCGAGCAUUUCCAAUGGCGGCGAUGAUGCAACCUCAAAUCAUACUGCUGAAGGAAGGUACAGACACGUCGCAGGGGAAGCCGCAGCUUGUCAGCAACAUCAAUGCGUGCACGGCGGUCGCCGACGUUGUCCGUACGACGCUUGGGCCGCGAGGCAUGGACAAGCUCAUCCACGACGACAAGGGAAAUGUCACCAUUUCCAACGACGGCGCCACCAUCAUGAAGCUUCUCGACAUCAUUCACCCGGCGGCGAAGAUCCUCGUCGACAUCGCUAAAUCUCAGGACUCCGAGGUUGGUGAUGGGACUACUACGGUUGUUCUACUUGCAGCAGAGUUUUUGAAGGAGGCCAAGCCAUUUAUUGAGGAUGGCGUUCACUCCCAGAAUUUGAUAAGGAGUUAUCGCACUGCUUGCUCUUUGGCAAUUGAGAAGAUCAAAGAACUUGCCACUAGCAUUGAGGGGAAAAGUUUAGACGAAAAGAAAUGCCUGUUGGGUAAAUGUGCUGCUACCACACUUUCCUCUAAGCUCAUUGGUGGAGAGAAGGAAUUCUUUGCAUCAAUGGUUGUUGAUGCUGUCAUGGCUAUCGGGAAUGAUGAUAGGCUAAAUUUGAUCGGAAUAAAGAAAGUUCCUGGUGGUAAUAUGAGAGAUUCUUUUCUAGUUAAUGGUGUUGCUUUCAAAAAGACAUUUUCGUACGCGGGUUUUGAACAACAGCCGAAGAAGUUUGUUGACCCCAAGAUAUUAUUGCUUAACAUCGAGUUGGAGUUGAAAUCUGAGAAAGAAAAUGCUGAGAUUAGGCUUUCAGAUCCAACGCAGUACCAGUCGAUCGUUGAUGCAGAAUGGAAUAUCAUUUACGACAAGUUGGACAAAUGUGUACAGAGUGGAGCAAAAGUGGUGCUUUCUCGGUUGGCUAUUGGUGAUCUAGCUACUCAGUAUUUCGCAGAUCGUGAUAUUUUCUGUGCUGGCCGUGUGGCGGAAGAGGAUCUUAAUCGCGUUGCUGCUGCCACUGGAGGAACAGUUCAGACAAGUGUUAACAACAUAAUUGAUGAGGUUCUUGGAUCUUGUGAGCACUUCGAAGAAAAACAGGUUGGGGGAGAGAGGUUUAACAUCUUCAGCGGUUGCCCUUCUGGACGUACAGCGACUAUUGUCCUUCGUGGUGGAGCUGAUCAGUUCAUUGAGGAAGCUGAAAGGAGUUUACAUGAUGCAAUUAUGAUUGUGAGAAGGGCUUCUAAAAACUCCACUGUAGUUCCCGGGGGAGGUGCUAUUGAUAUGGAGAUAAGCAAGUACCUGAGGCAGCAUUCGCGAACAAUUGCUGGGAAAUCACAGCUUUUCAUCAACGCAUAUGCUAAAGCACUGGAGGUUAUCCCAAGACAAUUAUGUGACAAUGCUGGAUUUGAUGCAACUGAUGUCCUGAACAAGCUCAGACAGAAACAUGCGAUGCCAAGUGUUUUAAUAGGUGAGGGAGCAUCCUAUGGAGUGGAUAUCAACACUGGUGGAAUAGCGGAUUCAUUUGCUAACUUUGUGUGGGAACCAGCUGUUGUGAAGAUUAAUGCUAUAAACGCUGCUACUGAAGCAGCUUGCCUCAUUUUAAGUGUGGAUGAAACUGUGAAAAACCCAAAGUCUGAGAGUGCACAAGGAGAGGCAGCUAUGGGUGCAAUGGGCAGAGGCCGUGGCCGUGGCCGUGGAAUGAGGAGGCGAUAAGCUCUUUCUUCUACCCUUCUGGUUGAUCAAAUUUCAAUGAACUUAUGGACAUUGAAUACGCUCCACAUCCCAUCUGUCUCCCGUGUUUAAUUGUGUUCACAUGGACCUUAACUUAAGCUGAAGGAUAUAACUUCGUUAUACAUAUCUUCAUGCUUGAGAUCGAGAAGCUUUUGGUUUGCUUUUUGGUAGCUUGUUUAGAACACCAUUUUCUAGUCGGUACAAUGACAAUCAGUGUGGCAUUCAAAAAGCUGCUGAAGAGAAGUUUUGAUUUGCUUUUA